CGGCGCUGGGCCGCGCCGGUUUGCCGCCGGUUUCUGGCAUUGCGUGUGGCGCGGUUUUGUGUCCCGCAGCCCAACGAAACGCUGUUGCGUGGGCUUUCGCGCGAGGACAGUAACCGUGAGAGAGCCCGUGAGACACCUGACAGUUCGUGGGCGGUGACUCGCGAGGGUUACGCGCGCCGGCUUUCGCGAGCAGAAGCAGCUCCCGUUGGCCAGCACCGGUCUGGAAACCGGGAGCUGGGUAAUACCCGUACAUCCUCGUUCUGUGUUGCAGCUGAGGCCCUGGGGCGCAAGUGUAUGUUCCCCGCAGUAAAACUUAUUACUUUAACACAUCACCAAAAUGAGUGAAAGGAAAGAUCAAGGCGAUCCAGCAGACGUGGAUGAUAUAACAGAAAGCUUAGAGUAUGAGGAUGACUUUGAAAAAGACCUUGAAUGGCUAAUUAAUGAAGAAGAAAAAGAAAACCUUGGUGAAAGAGAGAAUCCUGAACAAAAUGCAGAGGAUAUUGAUGCAAUAACUGAUAAAGUCUUGGAGGACUUUGAGGAAGGGGAAGACAGUGAGGAAAGAGAAGAAAAUAUAGAUCAGCUUUCUGAGGCAAAUGUAGAUAUGAAAGUGAAUCUGCCCAAUGAAGAACAUUCGGUAUCCAGGUCUAAUGUUAAAGAGGGGGACCAUAUAUCUGACACCGAUAGUGAAUGCUCUAUCCAGGAGUCCAAGCUGGAAAGUGAAAAGGAGCUAGAUGAGGAAGAGGAGGAAGAAAUAAAGCGCUACAUCUUGGAAAAGAUUGAAGAAGCCAACAAACUGCUAGAGAAUCAGGCUCCUGUGGAUGAGAAUAGAGAACGGAAAUUAAAAUUUAAGGAUAUGUUGGUAGAUCUUGAAGUUCCUCCUUUAGAAGAUGCUGAUGUUUAUAAAGCUGAUCUUGCAGGAGGAGACGAUGUUUCGAAUAGGCUGUCUCAGCUGCAUAUUUCUAAUGAAAUGGGACAGGAAGGCACAUCAUUUUCACCAGAUACUGGCAAGGAUGAGGAACAGAAGGAUGGGAAGAUCCUAGUGGAAAAAGAUGGAAAGUUUGAACUCUUGAAUUUACGUGAUAUUGAAAGCCAGGGCUUUUUGCCCCCAAUAAGUGUUUCGUUCACUGAUAUUGAAACUCAACAUAUUUCUCCCAAAUCUUCACACUACAGUUCUUGUGGCACUGUGUCUCGAAUGAAGGAAGCAUCUCUAGUAAGAGCAGGAGUACAUUCUUUCUCUCCUGCUGAAGAAGAGUGUGUGUACUUCCCUAAGCCUCCAUCUAACCCUAAGUGUCGUCCAAAUUCUGCCAUCAAUGCUGCAAGAAGUCUGGGAAGACGGAAGACUCCACAGAGAGCACAGUCUGCAAAUACAUCUGUGAGAAGUUCCACUUACUGUCUUUCUCCCAGGCAAAAAGAGCUGCAGAAGCAGUUAGAACAAAGGAAGGAGAAACUGAGGAAAGAGGAAGAAGAACGGAAAAGAGAACAAGAAGAACAGAAGAAAAGAGAGAAUGAGAUGGUUUUUAGAGCUUGGUUGCAGAAGAAGAAAGAACAAGUGCAAGAAGAAAAGAGAAUUCGGCGUGCAAAGGAGCUAGAAGACUUGAACAGCAAAGAGAGGAGCAGAAAUCCAGAAGAAGCCUUCAAGUUAUGGCUUAAAAAAAAGCACCAAGAACGCAUAAAAGAAAAACAGAUAGAAUUUUUGAGACGCCAAGCGGAGGGCAUGACCUUUUUUCCGAGAACAGAGGAAUGCAACAGAGCCUUUAAAGAAUGGCUAAAAAGAAAGAGAGAAGAAAAACGAGCAGAAGAGCUAGCAGCUAAAGAGCGAGUAAGGCAGCUUAGGUUAGAAGCCAGAAGAGCAAAACAGUUGCAGAAUAUCCAUUGCAUUAGUUCAGAACCUAAAUCCUUUCGCUUCACAGACCACUACAGCUGAAGGUUUGAUGUAACCCCAGACUUCUUUGUGGUGGCACUUUUACUUCUUAUAGCUUGAGCUUUUGCUCUUUAUAGCUGCUGACCUUUUGUGGUGUUUUAAAGCUUUUAAGUAAGUUUAAUAAUUCUUUUCACUGACAAUGAAUAAAUACUACCUAUUUAUUUGUAUUUUUUGUUGAAAAGCCUGCUUUUAUGUAUAACUCAGGGAUAUUCUUGGUUUGACCAAAUCUAAAUGAGAGCAAGAUCGAUAUGCAAGGGUGGCCAAUAUGAAUUCCUUUAAAAAGCACUUUAUACCAAACUCCAUCAUGAAUUCCUGGAUGCAGGCUCUUAUGUAAAGUGUUGAAUAUUUGCUGGAUUAAUAUUGCUGUUUGCUGCUGCUUGUGAAAACUGCACAGUAUUUCCUGUUGUUGGAAUAUGCUGUUUCCUGAAUCUUUGAGAUACCGUUUUCCAUUGAUCUGUAGACUAGCUGUUACUUUGCUGCUCAACCAGUGGAAGAUUUUAGUUCCAAGAUAGGGGUCACAAAAGGCUAUCAAGUACAUGAACUUGCAACAGUUUUUGAAACAUACUUCUGUGAGCCAGACUGACACAUCCCUAUUCAGUAGUCUCCUACUCUCUGAAAUUAAAGAUGAUAUUCAGCAUGAAUUUGAACCCUUAAAAGUAAUCCAGCUUGAUUUUGGUACACAUGUUUAUGUUUGCUAAGUCAUUUUAAUAACUGCAUCACUUUACUCAAAUAAUUGUGAACUCCAACCAGAGACCAGGCUGAGCUCACUAACAAAGAAAUAAAGUUAUUGCCAAAUAAGGAAUGUGCUGUCCAGCUGUGUCUAUGUCCCUGACAUAUUUCCUUACAGCUCAGUCUGA